UACAGAUAAUUGAAUUAAGUAACCUACACCGAUAAUAAACUUAUCAACAUGUACGAUUUAAUUACUCGAUUGUUUCUGGUUAGCGAUAGCACUACGAUUAUAUUAUGAUGCGCAAUUGAGUUAGUCAUCUUGACGUCUGUAAAAUCAACUCCAGUAUUGCUUUGGGUGCUGAAACAAUCCAAAUUUAAUUUGAUCAUACCGUAUUUUUUAGAGAAAUUUAAUUUUGGCCACAUAAAUAUGGAAAACCGAGCAGGAAAUCAAACGGCUGUGGAUAUUGAAGACGGUACGAAUUUGGAGCGCAUCUCAGCAAAACAGAUCGUGGACCUGUUUGUCACUGACGACCAUUUCGUCACUAAUUGGAAAGAAUUCUACUACGAUUUGCGAGCACCACAUCCAGAUUUUGUACAACUGGAAAUGAUCUACAAUUCGGGGGCGAGACCGUUUCAUGAAAUAAUUAUGAAAAUUUUGAAUCACUGGAUAACAAUUCAAAGGAAUCCGCCAAGUGUACGAAAUUUGUAUGGAGUUUUACUAUUGGGUGAUUUCGUUUCCGUUGCAGACACGUUAAGCAGGGUUUUCCCACUUACUUCAAUUAUCGAACAAUCUGCCCAAACCGUCAGAUCUAUUGAAUCGCAAGUCUUGACAUUUGAAGUACCUCUAACGCACCUCGGGGGCCCCUUAACCAACCGCAUCGAAGAAAUCACCCAACUCAAAAAUGACUUCAAGUUCAACCGACGCGCCGUAGUCGUAACGGGCUCUUCCAAUUCCGGCAAAACUUGCCUAGUUACGCAUUUCGCGGUCACCGAAUUUGAAGGAACUUGCGUUUGGAUUGAUGCCCAGAAUGACGUCACAUUUAGAAUUUCUUUCCUUCGACUAGCCGCAAAACUAGGGAUAUCUUCAGAUAACGACUUAUCAGCGGGAAGAAUGCUAGAUAAAGUUUACACUUUGAUGAGAAACCGCGCCACCAUGUUUGUGUUUGAUAAUAUCUCAUUGCCCCAGAUAGAAGCCGAGAUAACCCAAUUAAUCCAAAGUGUUGACCAGUAUCCUCAGCCACGCCCUUUUUUCGUACUAAUAACACGAAACUCGGCCAUGUUUUCUUACAUAGGUGACCGCGUCGUGGUAAAUGGUUUAGAGGACGUCAAACGUAUCGCCGUCCUUUACGCCGUAUUAGAGAUGUUAUUUGGCUUGGGUUAUUUUGCAGUUGGUAUUUAUGGAGUGCAUAAGGAUGGAAGAGGUUGGCCCUUUGCUGCCACACUUUUCGGCAGCUCAAUAGCGACCGGUAUUUUGAUGAUAUUUCAUCAAAUAUUCCUCAUUGUGUGGAGAAAAAUGGAGAGAAAGAAUGCCGACAAAAAUAUCCGACACGACACUCUCUACAAUUCUUUCUCGUACUUGAUGGUCAUCAUGAUACUUAUCGUCUUGGUCUUCAUUGUUGUAUAUGGUUGGAAAAACUAUGAUAGAGCCAGUACAUACCACAGAGUAUUUAUGCGCAUAAGUUGUCUUCCUCUACUGAUUUAUUUCUCUCUUCUAGUCUUUUUAGCAAGAAAAAAAUUACAGCUUUGCUUCAAGCUGUGUUUCUAAACGGAUCAAACAUAUGUAUUUACAUAUGCCCGUGAGAAGAUGGUGAUAGUUUUUAAUUUUCAUUAAUUUUUAAUUAAUGAUUUA